AUGAGUUGGGAUGCUAAUACCAUUACAACUUCAUCUCCUCUAAGAGAUGUGACUGUGGGGAUUUCGCCGAUGUCACAUGGGUAUGUCAAUCAACAUCCAGUUCACUUCACUGAAGGGAAUGUCGCCAAUCUUGGGGCGGCAACGCCAGUACCAAUAUCAACCCCCUUGGCUGCGGACAUCAUACCGGCUCUUCCUUCCUUCCUGGGGGCUGCCCUCACUUCCUGGGGGUUAAGCGGAACUGUAGGGUCUACGGCAAACGCUGAAAUGUAUGGUGAUUCCAGCACAUCAAUUCCGAACGGCACUGGGCCGCUACCAGAAUUCAUGCAACGUUCCCUAAGGGCAGCCUGGUCAAAAGUAAAAUGGAGAGAGCUGCACAAACUGCGACACGGGCACUACUACACUGGUGAGGUGGCUGCGCUUCCAAGUGAUUUACAAAAUAGUGCUAAUAAAGUGAAACAAGAAGAAGAAAUAUCAAUGCCAUGUAAGGUCAGCGAUGCUUCUAAAAGUAUCGAAAUGACUCCCACUAUACUCCACGAACACACUGCAGUCUUGUUGACUGAUACAUCACAUAAACAAGGCUCGACUUCAUUAUGCACACAAAUUCUUCCCCAAGCCGGGGGUAAGAAUAGCGAAAAAGGAAAGCCUCUCCAGAUCAGCUCUAGAUCUACAUGCGGGCGCCAACCACACGGUUAUGGUGUUCUCCUGUAUAUUAUUUACGGUCACCGGAGAAAUAUCACUGGAUCCACACUUGCAACCCCCACAAAAGCAGCAACAGGAUAUAAUGGUGCAAACGAUGAUGCCUCCGAUGAGCACCUGAUACCGCUUGCACUUGUGCCGAAGGCAUAUUGCCCUGUGGCAGAUCUAUUCGACAGAAGUGCAUUGGACACAAGUUUAGACAAUAUGUCUGACAAUCCAAAAUCCGUGAAAAAAAUAGAAAAGUCAGUACAAUUGGAAUCUACAAAGGGAGGAAGAGGACACAACAACAGGAUUGCCAUUUUGUCGCUGGUAAUUUACAAAGGGGGAUUUUGGCACGGGCAUCCUCAUGGGAAAGGUCGCCUCAUGGUAUUUAAGCGGUAUAUUCUCGAAGGAGAGUGGGUCUAUGGGGCACCUCAACUGAAGAGUGUGUGUGUCUUACGUAAAAUCUGUGCCCAUCAAAUAAACUUGUAUAGAAAAGAUCUGCAUGGAAGGAGCCUAGAUCAUCUUACGAGUGACAAAGAGAAAGAUGAAAACUAUUUACAUGCUACCAAUGAAAUCAAGGACUCAAAUAGUUCACAAAACUCAAUCAUUUUUUCGGAAGAGUACAUGGGCACUCUUGCGGUAGGUAUUAACCAGACGAAAGCCUUGAGUCCGGAAGAAGUUGCUCGCUUUAGUGAGCCUUGGAAGCGAGCCGAUGGUCUGUCAUGGGCAAUUAACCCGCGAAUCUCUCUUCUCUACAAUGGCUAUGGUGAGGCACUGUCUACACCUAGCGGGAAUACUCAGUCUUUGCUUAAAAGUAAGGUUGGAUUCGUAUCCCAUGAGUCGAGCUCUAACCAUGAAAACUGUCUUGCAAUGGAAAGGAAGGGUAUCGUAUGGUAUUGUGGUGAGUGGGUGGCAGGAAAAAGACAUGGAGUUGGAGCAGAGUGGUGUAGCACUGGCCCCAACCGCGGCCUGUACUUAGGAGAUUAUGAACACAACCAGCGCCAUGGCUUGGGUAUUUUAGAGUAUGAUAAUGGGAAUAGCUCAUUUCCAAGUCUUGAUCGUGGUAGUGACUUUGCCUCAGUGUUUUCUGGUUCAUGGAGGUGUAACGUGCGGCAGCCUACAGCCACCCUCCUACUUAACUCAAGCCCUUUCAUGAGCCUACAAGGUGCACACUGGAGGCUCACCCCGGAUCACCCCGCCUCUGGUGAGAAAUUUUUAUUCGACCAAGCGCUGUUUAUGAAGGGUCAACAUUCUCUUAGUUGCUUGUGGGAGCCAAUCUUCAGGAAGCUGGACAUGGCACUUGGGAUGUUGCCGCCAUUGGACGAUCAGUUAAACACACAUUUACCAUAUAUAACAACAGAAAUUUCCAAGGGCGAUGACAAAGAAAAACGACUAUAUGAAUAUAUACGUCCGAUUCUGGAAAUUGUGAUAUCGUUGAAAGAGUGGGAGGCGACCCUCUCUACUUUCCAGCGUCUGUUUUACUUUAUUUUCGGCAAAUGCCCUGGAAGUAAGAUGUGGGACGGCCGGAAAUAUCGUCAACAGCAUCCAAAAGGAUAUAAAAAAAGUGAUCCAGAUACCACUCAUAGUUUGCAUUCCUUUUAUAGUAAAAAAUCCGAAGAUAGCUUUCAGGAAACAGACACCACCACCUUUGAGACUGAUACCCUUCUCGGACGCUUGGAGAAGCUUGGUCAUAGCACACCUUUCGACAUACAUUCUCUCAAUACCCGUCAUUAUGGGAGUCGGCCGACCCCUUAUUUCUUGUAUAAUUCACCAUCAUAUUGCCAAUUAAUGGGUCUUUCCACUUUGAAUGAGGCUACAAGCUCUUCGCAUCAAUGUUUCUUUGAUACUCAGGAAAUUCUCGCGUGUACAACGAACCAAGCUGAUUCGGUUGCACGUCAAGCCACACAAUUUACCGAUAAAACAAGUGAGUACAGUACCCAUCAAGUUCUUGGCGUCCAUUGUCUGCAUGCAUACAGUACGAAUCCUUCCUAUACUUCCAUCUCCACGAUACGCGGACAAACUGCAAGUGCUACAGCGGAGCGUGCCUUCCACUAUGCUGCCAGUUUUAUAACUUCUAUACAGCUCCGAUUGAUCCCUUUCGUGACACUGCAUCCUUUGAUAUGUGAAGAAAUUAACCACCAUAAACUUCUUGAAAAGUUCGGCUGGAACGUCGUUUACGGCAUUGUCGGACCACUCCUAUACGACCUCUGCAACGCCGUUGUGACCCAACAACCUAUAGACUGUGUCGGUUCAUACCUGCAUACUCCCAAGGAUCUUGACGGCCACAAUCUCAUACAUACUGCACGACAAUCUCUAGGAAGUGAGCAGGGUUUUUCGUUUUCAUCAGCGACUCAGCAUUACACGCGGCUUGGCGAUCUGCACGCGGCUGUGAGUCGACUCCUGCAAGAAACGAACAUCUCCUGGGACAUAAUCACCAAGCAAAUGGACUUGGAGUUUGAUAGAAUAGCAAACACUAAGUACAACAGUGAUGCAAACCUGAAAAAUGUCGGAAUUGCAUCAUCUUUUUGCGCUGUCGAUUCAGUCAAAAGAGAAGAGAUUAAAGUACUAGAGGAUCAAACACCCUGCACAGUCCACAAAGUAGCCCUAGAUCUAGAAGAAAUAGAACUCAUUCAUCGCGCUGCGUGCAUCUUCUCAAAUCCAGCUCUCUUUCUUGAAGUAGAAUCCCAGCAUACCUCUUGUGGAGCACUGUUUAUAUGGCAUCCUUCGUCGCAAACGUAUCAGCAGACUAUUUUAGGAUUCAGAAGUAGUGAUUGUGAACCUUUCAAUUCACCGGCAACGUUGUCCGAUAUCUUAGACACUCUCACGGCGCUUGUCCACCUCUCUGUCGUCAAGUUCCCUAACGAACUCCUUUAUCAGCAACGUUGGUUGGGCAAAUGCGUGCUCUUAGCCGCUUGCAAAGCAGAAGAAAUGCUGAUGGAAUUCAUGAAACAGGAAACAUAUACUCCACCCUUUCACGAAGAAGCGCUUCGUUCUGUGGGCUUUAGUCCCUUCGCGUGUAUUCUUUUGGCGUGCUUGACGACGUUGGGAUGGAUAUCGCCAAAAUUUCCUUUUUCCAGAGUUAGCCACAUUCUGCUUUAUGAUUUAGGUAACCAACACCAUCAUAACAGUUUCAAUGAAGAAGAGGUAAAAAAAAGUGAAUAUUUGUCGAGCACAACCAUGGAAGCAUCCAUCGCAGAUGUGCUUCGUAUUGUCUUUAAUGCAUCGUGUCGAUUAGUACAUUGCUACCCAUUUUUGCUUAGACAUGUUCAUUGCCGCAAUGACAUAGACGACGAUAUUUGGGUUUACCCUCUUGAUGAGUUGUAUGUUCGUGCUCAAUAUUGUGCAUCACUCUGUGGCUCUGAAAGAAUGCUUAAGAAACUUCUUACUGUCAAAAAACAACAACAUGAAUCCAGUGUUGAGAUAUUGAAUGAGCUUCCAAAAGGGGUGCAUGCUGUUUUCCCAUCCUUUACAUGUUUCAACCACCCCUUUUUAUCCUGCAAACUGAAUGAAUCAACCCUCUCGACAGCUCCGUCCACAAACGACUGUUCGUUUGAUCUUCCAUUGAAAAUUGCAGAGACUACAUACAGCGGUAUGGAUGAGUUGCAUGAUCUGAAGAACCUUUUAAAAAAGACCCUUAGAUUGCCAAAGGAAACUAUGGUAAACCAUUUAGAACAGUACUGGUCCGAAAUAUCGACCGAGCAGACGCUCUUGACGGGGACAGGAAAUACUAAAACCGAAGAAAAGGAGAGUGAGGACUACAGGUUGCAGCUGAACUUAUUCAAGAAUAAAAUACAUACUCCGAUGAGACAAGAGACUCCACAAGUCGAUUUAUCUUGUACCCAGACCAUAUGUUCGCCGGCAACUCAGCUUCAUGCGUAUAUUCCCAACAGGGGUCAUGCAUCCCUUUCGGACUUGGUUGCAUGGGUGUUUAAAUGUGUGAGUGAUUUACUACAAGGUUCUAGAUCUGAUAUUUCACCGUGUGAUAAUAUUUCUUCAAAUACCAACUCUAGUGAACUGGGGAAAAAGAACUGCUUUGAUCGUGACGUCUAUGCUUGGAAGCACUUUGUGUACGGAUUCCAGCAACACAAGCAGGCCAGUUCUGCCAGAUAUCGCACUUUCCCAAGCUGUGAGUCAAUGUCACGGCAAUCACUCCCGAGGAGUGGACACUUUAUUGGGCUUCAGAGUCAUCAAGGGCAGGACGAGUUGAUUCGUGAAAUAAAAAAAGGUGAAGUCACACCGUUGGUAAGGACUGAGGCUGCUGUGGAACCCUAUAGCCACGAUUUAACUGAAUCCACUAAUGAAGUCAUAUUCGCUUUCCCACCGCUGCUUUCCGAAGAGGAUUUUUCUUAUAUUGCAUUACUAGUGCUUUUUUUUGCGGAGUUGGAUAUACAAAUUGAGUUUCAGGCAUGUUUCGUUCGGUACGACGACGACGACGAAGUUGAAAAUGCGAAAACGCCCCCAGCACUGUUUACUCAUUCAAGUCAAGACCACAUACAAUCGACACCCAACACCAAAUGCGUGGCUAAAUCACAAAACAACAUUUCAAAUGAAAGGCCUCAAUGUAAUCCAAUAAAGCCCCUAUUUCCGGAUCCUUCCACUAACCUAGUGAGUGAAACCCAUUGCUUUGUGUCUCAGUUCUCCACUAUAAAUGCAACAACAGAUAAAAAUAAAUGCACUACAAACAGGGCUCAGACAGCUGAAACUUUUUCUCCAAUAGAUUCAUUGCAGAACCUAUCCACUCUUUCUGCCAAGACUAAUAGAAAUCAUGAAGGGUCACAUUCAUCAAUCGUUCAUGGAGAUCCUGUUCAGUGGAUGCCUAGAGAAAUUCAAGGGCGAGAAUUUACUCUAACUUUAUCGAUGCCAUCUAAUUUUCCCCAAAGCUUAGGAUGGGAGAUUCUAGAAAGCGCCUGGUCAACGGUUGCGACAAUGCUUGGAGGAAGUGCAUUCUCCUAUAAGAGAAAGCUAUGGAAAAAAUAGCUAACAAGGGUUUACUGUAUAAUGGUGGAAAAAAAAUAGGCUUAUCGCAUUAGUUUGAUUUUUUUGAAUUUUAUAUAGGAAAAUUACCUUCUGCGGAUGAAAUUUUAUUGCUCUUUGCCAAGGAUCCAAUUUUUACGAGAAACACAAAUCUUUACAUAAAAUUCUAUUACAAUGAAGAUAAUUAUGGUUAGAAGAAAUAUAUUUUAAUAAAUUACAUAAGGCGUUUAAAAAAAUCGCUAUACUUAUCUAGGAUUUUCUUUACGCCAUUCUGCAUCACCGUGGAGAUUCCGUUCUAUGUUUCUGGAUUUUGUUUCUCAGGUCUUAUUGCUUUCAGCAACAUUCUUUUUCUUAUCCAUUUCCAUUGGUAAAAAAGAAUAAGAUAUACGCUAAUACAUAAUUAUUUAGCAUGUGAUUUUGCUUUUGUUAGAAUAAAU